AUGAUUGGGAUCUCUUGGUUGAGGCACACUGCCAUUGCGGCUUUGACGCCGGCUCUCGUUGUCAAGGUUUUCGCCCAGGAUGCCCCGUCCGCAAAAGGCAUUGUCGUCGAUGGCACAUCUUUUGCUCUCAACGGCGACCAUUCGUCCUACCGUUUCCAUGUAGAUGAACUCACCGGCGAUCUUCUUUCCGACCAUUUCGGAGGCCCAGCGACUGAAAGCAUGGAAAUGCUUCCUCCCGCGGUCAAUGGUUGGGUUGACAUGAUUGGCCGGGUCAGACGGGAGUAUCCCGACCUUGGCCGAGGAGACUUUCGGGUGCCCGCCAUCCAAAUCCAGCAGUCUGAGGGAUACACCGUCAGCGACCUCCAAUACCGAUCUCACAGAGUCACCCCGGGCAAACCUGGCCUCCCUGGCCUCCCAUCGACUUUCGGCACAGACGAUGACGUUUCUACUCUUGUCGUAUCUCUCUACGACAACUACAGCUCUAUUGCAGUCGACCUUUCAUACUCCGUCUUCCCCAAAUAUGAUGCGAUCGUGAGAAGCGUCAACAUCACCAACGAAGGUCAGGGCAACAUUACCGUGCAGAAGGCUGCCAGUUUAAGCGUCGAUUUGCCUCUGGAAGAUUUGGAGUUCAUCGAGCUGAGGGGAGAUUGGGCGAGAGAAGCUAUGAGAACUCAGAGAAAGGUCGGAUACGGAACUCAAGGGUUCGGUAGCACCACUGGAUACUCAUCCCACCUCCACAACCCAUUUGUCGCACUUGUCUCUCCAGAAACCACAGAGUCCCAUGGCGAAGCUUGGGGUUUCUCUCUAGUCUACACUGGAUCUUUCUCUGUCGAUAUUGAGAAGGGUUCUCAAGGCUUCACGCGGGCCAUGCUCGGAUUCAACCCGUACCAACUUUCAUGGCCGCUGGGACCAGGAGAGACUCUCACAACUCCCGAAGUCGUGGCAGUUUACUCGGACACCGGCGUCGGUGGCUUGUCACGAAAAUUCCAUCGUCUCUACCGCAAGCAUCUUCAGAAGAGCAAGUUUGUCACCCAGACCCGUCCUGCAUUGUUGAACAGUUGGGAGGGUCUCUACUUCGACUACAACGACAGCACGAUCUACAACCUCGCGCAAGAGUCUGCUCAGCUCGGUGUCAAGCUCUUUGUGCUGGACGAUGGAUGGUUUGGAGAAGAGUACCCGCGCGUGAGCGACACAGCAGGCCUAGGCGACUGGGAGGCCAACCCGACCCGUUUCCCCGAUGGACUUCCCGCCCUCGUCGACAAGGUUACUGGUCUCGAUGUCGCCAAUUCCUCUGGGAAGUUGCUCUUUGGGCUUUGGUUCGAGCCUGAGAUGGUCAACCCCAACUCAACUCUUUACCAAGAGCAUCCCGAUUGGGUUCUUCAUGCCGGCAACUAUCCGAGGACGAUCCGUCGAAACCAGCUUGUGCUCAACGUGGCGCUUCCUGAGGUGCAGGAGUUCAUCAUUGAGUCGCUCUCGAACAUUCUCUCCACUACUGCAGUUUCCUACGUCAAAUGGGACAACAACCGAGGAUUCCAUGAAACCCCGACUCCAGGCAUCAGUCACUCCUACAUGCUUGGAAUCUACCACGUCUUCGAAGUCCUCACAUCUCGAUUCCCAGAUGUGCUGUGGGAGGGUUGCGCUUCGGGUGGUGGACGAUUUGAUCCUGGUAUCCUUCAUUACUUCCCUCAAGUCUGGACAUCAGACAACACCGACGCUCUCGACCGUCUUUUCAUCCAAUUCGGGACCUCGUUGGCGUACCCCCUUUCCGCGAUGGGAGCUCAUGUUUCAACGGUGCCCAACCACCAGACGGAACGCACAAUUCCCUUCAAAUUCCGCGCUCACGUCGCCAUGAUGGGCGGAUCUUUCGGUUUCGAGCUGAACCCCGCCGAGAUCCCUGAAGAGGAAAAGGCUCAGAUUCCCGAGUUGCUGUCUCUCGCUGAAGUGGUCAACCCGAUCGUGAUUAACGGCGACUUCUGGCGUCUCAACCUCCCCGAAGAGUCCAACUGGCCAGCCGCCCUGGUGAUCUCUGAAGAUGGAUCACAAGCUGUGCUCUUUUACUAUCAAGUGCGCUCAUGGUACAACGUUGCUCGUCCUCGCCUUCGUCUCCAGGGACUGGACCCAACAGCCUCCUAUUCUUUGAAUAACAACGGAACCUACUCUGGCGCAACCCUCAUGAACACUGGAGUUCAAUACGCCUUCGUGGGAGAUUACGAUAGUCAAGUUGUGCUCAUACAGAAGGUCUGA